GGUUCUUUUUUCCAGAACGGAAAUUAUCCAAGCAUCGGUUACAAAUGGCGACGUCCAUUGUCCCGCACUGUAAAUGAAUUGAAAGAAAAGUAAAGUCAAGGAGCAAGCAGUAUGUAUGCAAUCUACAAACAAAUGCACCCACCUACUGGGGUGGAGCAUUGUGUGUACUGUAACUUUCUCAGCACAACAGAACUCAACCUUGUCAUAGCAGCUGUCAAUCAAAUACAUGUCUAUAGACUGAAUCCAGACUUUGAGGAGAAUAAUGAAGAAAGGAAGGAGGAGAAUAUAAAACAAAAACUUGAGUGUCUAGCAACAUUUCCUUUGUUUGGAAAUGUAAUGUCCAUGAAGGCAGUAAGAUUGCCUGGUGCUCAGAGAGAUGCCUUGUUACUGGGAUUCUCUGAGGCAAAGCUAUCAGUUGUUGAAUAUGAUGUGGGCAUGAAUGACCUUCAAACAACUUCACUUCAUCAUUUUGAAGACCAGAAAUUAAAGGAUUUUUGUGACCCCUGUGCCAUCCCUACAAUACGUAUAGACCCUGAUGGUAGAUGUGCAGCCAUGUUGAUCUAUGGAACUAAACUUGUUGUUCUACCAUUUCGUAAAGAUGUUUAUUCUGAAGAUGUUGACAGUAUAAUGGAAGGAGAAAAGUCAGCUAAAGCUAGAUAUCCAAUACAGAAUUCGUAUAUUAUAGACCUAAGAAGUUUUGAUGAGAAGAUUAUCAACAUUCUGGACUUUCAGUUUCUACAUGGUUAUUAUGAACCAACUGUGUUUAUACUGUAUGAACCUUACCCUACAUGGGCAGGGAGAGUGGCUGUACGGUCAGACACAUGUAGUAUAGUUGCUAUAUCAUUAAAUAUAGCAGAGAAGGUACAUCCUAUCAUCUGGUCACUGUCAAGUCUGCCUUUUGACUGUCUACAGUGUAUGCCUGUUCCUAAACCAAUAGGUGGGGUACUUGUUUUUGCUGUGAAUUCUCUGUUAUACCUGAAUCAGAGUGUUCCUCCAUAUGGUGUGUCCUUGAACAGUAUAGCUGCCACGUGUAGUGCCUUCCCUCUUAGGGUACAGGAAGGAGUUCGGAUAACUUUAGAUUGUUCUAAUGCAGCCUUCAUCUCAUAUGAUAAACUAGUGCUGUCCUUGAAAGGUGGUGAACUGUAUGUUCUAACAUUGAUGGUGGAUGGCAUGAGGAGUGUUAGGAGUUUUAACUUUGAUAAAUCAGCUGCCAGUGUUCUUACUACAUGUAUGUGUUUAUGUGAAGAUGGUUACUUAUUUCUUGGGUCAAGACUUGGUAAUUCUCUCCUUCUAAAAUACACAGAGAAAGCAUCAUCUUCAUCAGAUAAACCAAGUGAGCCACCUACAAAGAAAAAGAAAACUGAUGGCCCCACGGAUAUGGCAUCUGAUGUGUCUCUAGUGGAGAAUCUAGAUGAGUUAGAGGUAUAUGGUUCUAGUGAGAACCCAUCUGGUACCACUAUUACAUCUUAUGUGUUUGAGGUUUGUGACAAUAUAUGGAAUAUAGCACCAUGUGGUAACAUUGUUAUGGGGGAACCAGCAUUCCUAUCCGAGGAGUUCAGUAAUACAGUAGAUCCUGACCUAGAGCUGGUCACAACCUCCGGUUAUGGUAAAAAUGGAGCUCUCUCAGUAUUACAGAGAAGUAUUAGACCACAAGUUGUGACAACAUUUGAGUUACCCAGCUGUGUGAACAUGUGGACAGUGACAGGACCAAAAACAAGUGGUGACAAAGACGAUGAUGAGAAAGAGAUACAGGAUGGUCAUGCCUUCCUGAUACUUAGUCGACCGGACUCUAGUAUGAUUUUACAGACUGGUCAGGAGAUUCAAGAAUUAGAUCACAGUGGAUUUAGUACCCAGACUGCCACUAUAUAUGCUGGUAAUGUUGGGGAGGGCAGAUAUAUUCUACAGGUGUCCUCAGGUGGCAUCAGAAUUACUGGAUGGAGUACACACAACUGCAGCAUAUUCCAAUUGAGAUGGAAACCUCGAGUGACUACUCUCUGUGCAUAUAAAGAUGAGAGUGGAAUGUUUACUACAUCAGCUAUUGAAGUAGAAGAAGAAACAAUAACAACAGAACAGAAAAUAAACAUGAAUACUUCACUAGAAAAAGUCUUCAGUAUGGAAAACAG